AAAAUAUCGCCAUUAUUGGCGACCCUUAGCCCACUGAGCUGUCGUCUAGAAUUUCCGAAUGCGAUUGUGCUGCUACAAAAAGCUUCCGAAAGCCAAACAGCUUUUUUUUGGUGAAAAUUGAAUGAAUUAUAUUCCCAACGCGCAACCAAUGGCCAAUAGCAUCUUCCCUCUCUUCCUCCUCUUCCUCUUCUUCCACUUUCCAUCCCUUUCUCCGGCCAAACUCCGCCCCGAUUUCUACUCCAACUCAUGCCCUCAGGCGGAAUCCAUCGUCCGUUCUGUGAUGCACAAAGCUUUCAUCAGAGAGCCUCGCAGCGUCGCCUCCGUUAUGCGCUUCCAGUUUCACGAUUGCUUCGUUGAUGGCUGUGAUGCUUCUAUGUUGCUAGAUGAUACGCCGACGAUGCUCGGAGAGAAACUUGCUCUUUCUAACAUAAAUUCGCUUAGAUCUUACGAAGUCGUCGAUGAAGUGAAAGCGGCCUUGGAGAAAGUCUGUCCUGGAAUCGUCUCUUGUGCAGAUAUCAUAAUUAUGGCAUCUAGAGACGCCGUUGCUCUGACGGGCGGGCCCAACUGGGCAGUGCGAUUGGGGCGGCUGGAUAGCUUAACAGCAAGCCAAGAGGACUCGAACAAUAUCAUGCCAAGUCCAAGAGCCAAUGCAACUUAUCUCAUUGACCUUUUCAACAAAUACAAUCUCUCUGUUAAAGAUUUGGUCUCUCUUUCGGGUUCACACUCGAUCGGCCAAGGCCGGUGUUUCUCUGUCAUGUUUAGACUCUACAACCAGUCAGGCACGGGGCAGCCGGACCCAGCCAUCGAGCCGAGCUUCAGAGAAGAGCUCUUCAAGCGAUGCCCUCAAGGUGGGGAUGAAAAUGUCACAGUCAACCUUGAUUCCACACCUUAUGUUUUUGACAAUCAGUACUUCAAGGACUUGGUUGGUGGGAGAGGGUUCUUGAAUUCUGAUGAAACUCUUUAUACAUUUGCUGAAACUAGAAGGUAUGUGAGAUUCUUUAGCAAAAAUCAAAAGGCAUUUUUCAGGGCGUUUGUGGAGGGUAUGUUGAAGAUGGGUGACUUGCAGUCUGGCCGCCCAGGGGAAGUAAGAAGGAACUGUCGGGUAGUUAAUGGCCAGUCUGUGAUCAUAUAAAUAUAGUUUUGUUUUUUUUUUUUUUAGGUUGAUGUAUGUUAAAAUUUUUGUUUAUCGUCCUCACAAGUUUGAUUUAAGUUUAUCAGAUGUUACUAUUAUUAUAGGAGAAGUAUAUGUGUAAAAGUUAGUUAUUCAUAGGAGUGCAACAAAAAAAACCAAAAAACGGAAAAAUCGAACCUAUUCAAAACGAUUCACGUUUGGUUUGUUUUUUAGUAUAAAAUUGGGAAUGUUGGUUUGUAUUUGGAGAAAA